AUGGACGCAAGGAUAUAUGCUGAAAGUCGCACUAUUAGCCAGAGGAGUACGGACGCAGAGGUGGAACCCAAAGCGCUCAGACAGCAAGCGCGCCAACAGGCCAUCACCAUUUGGCGGGUGCGUCUUGAGCAGGAAAGAAACGCUCGCCAACGCGCUGUUGGUGCGAUACUCCCAAACUUUGAGGCCUGGUUGGCAAGAAGCCGUGGAAAUGUCACCUUUAGACUGACACAGGUACUCACUGGGCAUGGUUGUUUUGGGGAGUACUUGUGUCGGAUCGGUCGCGAGGCAACACCGCGAUGUCACCAUUGUGGGGAGAAUCAGGACACAGCACAGCAUACCCUUGCGGAGUGUUCUGCUUGGAACCCAGAGCGCGUUGCCCUAGUCAGUCACGUAGGGAGCGACCUUUUUCCCUCAGCAGUAGUAGCAGCAAUGCUUGCAGAGGAUGAAGCAUGGAUUGCGAUGGUCACCUUCUGCGAGAUCGUAAUGGCUAAAAAGGAGGCUGCCGAGCGCGAUCGAGAGAGAGCCGAUCCUUCUCGGAGACGACCGAGGCGUGCAGAUGGCAAUCAUCGCCCAAUUCCAUCUGAUCUUUAG